CACCAAUGUUUCAAGAAAUUAACCAAAUUAAUUACUUCAAUUCAAUUCAUACAAAUCAUUAGAGAAUUAUCAUCAUAUGGCUUCUUUUUUCCAUAUAGUUGUGUUACUAUUAUUGUCCCUCACAUAUUCCUUAGCUGAAAAUUCUCAACUAGGAGAAUAUUGCAACAAAAAAACCAUCAUAAGCAGUAGCAGCCAAGUAUCAGCCAACAUAGACCAUUUGUUAGCUGAUAUAGUCACCAAAUCUCUUCAAGGCGCCACCUUUGUCGAGGCCUCGUAUGGCAAUGGCAAGGACACUGUCUACGGCCUGGCUCAAUGCCGAGGUGAUGUAGACUCAAAGGACUGUAUGGAGUGCAUCCAAGAUGCAGCCAAACAAGUCCGAAAACUCUGCCCUAACCAAUCUGAUGCCCGAAUUUGGUAUGACUAUUGCUUCUUAAGGCAUAGCCAAAAUAAAUUUUUUGGUAAUGUGGAUUUAUCAUAUGGAAUAUUAUAUAAAAACAUAGCUAAUGUCACAAAUCCUGAUGUUUUCAACCAAGAGUUGGGAAAUAUGUUCGAUAGGAUUGAUUCAAAGGCGGUUAAGCCUUCGAGUGGAGGGCUUGGGAAAGAUCAUAAAAAAGUGACUGAUUUUGAGACCAUAUACGCCUUGGUCCAGUGCACAAGGGACUUGUCUCCUAUGUCUUGUGCUCAAUGUUUGGCUCAAGCCAUUCGAAAUUUCGAAGGUUAUUGCAGUAAUAGUAAGGGAUGCAGGGUGCUGUAUAGCAAUUGUUAUGUUAGAUAUGAGCUCUACCCCUUUUUCUUUCCUUUAGAAGGUCAGUUUCCAAAUAACAAGGGUCAUUCUCUAGGAAAAUCUGUCACUAUACAUCAUUAAGGUGCCCUAAAAGACUAGUAAUAAGGCAUUAAAAAGUUUGCUAAGUUGUUAUUUGAAAGUUAUUAGUUAAAGUUACAUAAGAUGUGCUACGAAUCUAAGAUGCAGCAAAAGUUGUAACUGUUGUAAUAUGUGCAUGGAUUAUGCAUGUGCGAUUGUGCUUACUCCUUUCUAAUUAAAGUUUAAUACAAGUGCAUUUUAUAUGGUA